GGAACGUAUGUUCGAAGCAUAUACGUUUAAAAGGGUGGGGUUUAACCGGGGCCUUUAUUUGUUUGUUCGCUUUACUUUUAUACUACGCCAGCUCCAGCGCCAUUUUAUUUACUACUUCCGACAUUUUGUGCCAUUCGCCGCUGCUCUGCCCGUAUUAGGAUUAAGCCUCGUUAUCCUGUUCAGUCUCUGUUUGUCCGUAUCGGGUCUUUCCAGCAAGUGACUGUCCUCCUUUUCAACCAUCUAGACCACCAAUCUCUUACAAUGCGUCCCAUGCGCAUCUUUUUGAAUGAUGACCGCCAUGUCAUGGCAAAGCACUCUGUGGUGUAUCCCACUCAGGAGGAGUUGGAGGCUGUACAGAACAUGGUAUCCCACACAGAGCGGGCCCUAAAGGCAGUCUCUGACUGGAUUGAUCAGCAAGAAAAAGAUUGCAGUGGAGAGCAAGAACAACCAGAGCCAGAAGAACCUGAGACAACAGAGGAGGGCAAGGACAGCGAAGGAAAAACUGGAGAGAAUCCAACAAGGACUCUACGUGGCGUGAUGAGGGUUGGACUUGUUGCCAAAGGGCUUCUUCUGAAGGGAGACUUGGACCUUGAACUUGUGCUGUUGUGCAGAGACAAACCCACAAUUUCUCUCCUAAAAAGGGUGGCAGAUAACCUUGUCCUGCAGUUUGAGACAGUAUCUGAGGAUAAAUAUGAAGUCAUACAGAACAUAAGAGAAGCUUCAAUUGUUAUCAAAAACACUAAAGAGCCCCCUCUGACUCUCAACAUCCGUCUCACAUCCCCCCUGGUCCGAGAAGAGAUGGAGAAACUGAGCGCUGGAGAAACGCUAACAGUCAGCGAUCCUCCGGACGUUCUGGACAGGCACAAAUGCCUUGCUGCAUUGGCGUCACUCCGACACGCCAAGUGGUUCCAGGCUAGGGCUAAUGGACUGAAAUCCUGCGUGAUUGUCAUUCGUGUGCUGCGGGAUCUGUGCACACGUGUACCAACAUGGGAGCCUCUUCGGGGAUGGCCUCUAGAACUUCUUUGUGAGAAGGCAAUUGGAACAGCAAACAGGCCUAUGGGUGCCGGGGAGGCACUAAGGAGAGUUCUGGAAUGCCUUAGCUCUGGGAUCCUCAUGCCAGAUGGACCUGGUUUGUAUGACCCUUGUGAAAAAGAGGCUAGUGAUGCUCUUGAGCAUCUUGAAAGACAACAAAGAGAGGACAUCACACAGAGUGCACAGCAUGCACUGAGAUUAGCAGCUUUUGGGCAAUUGCACAAAGUCUUGGGCAUGGACCCAUUACCUACAAAGAUUCCAAAGAAAACCAAGGUUGAAACACCCACCAUUGACUAUACAGUCCAGAUUCCUCCCAGCACCACCUAUGCCAUGCCAGCUCUCAAGCGCCCCAUGGAGGAGGAUGGAGAAGACAAGUCGCCAAGUAAGAAGAAAAAGAAGAUUCAGAAGAAAGAUGAGAAGAGCGAACCCCCACAAGCUAUGAAUGCGUUAAUGAGGCUGAACCAGCUCAAGCCAGGUCUGCAGUACAAGCUGAUAUCCCAGACAGGACCUGUACAUGCACCUAUCUUUACGAUGUCCGUGGAAGUAGAUGAAAAGACAUUUGAAGCUUCAGGUCCUUCAAAGAAGACGGCAAAGCUCCAUGUAGCAGUCAAAGUGCUGCAAGACAUGGGUCUCCCUACCGGUAUGGAGGAAAAGGAAGAAGCAACUGAUGAAUCGGAACAGAAACCAGUUGUACAAACUCCAGCACAGCCAGCUGAUUCCACACAAACUGAUUCUGCUGCAGAUCAAGCAGAGAGUGCAAAGCAGCAGGGACCUAUUCUCACAAAGCAUGGCAAGAACCCUGUCAUGGAAUUGAAUGAGAAAAGACGUGGCCUGAAAUAUGAACUGAUCUCAGAGACCGGUGGCAGUCACGAUAAGCGCUUUGUAAUGGAGGUUGAGGUUGAUGGUGUGAAGUUUCAAGGAUCUGGCUCUAACAAGAAAGUGGCAAAAGCUUAUGCUGCACUUGCUGCCCUAGAAAAACUAUUCCCAGACUACACAACAUACGCAGAAGCUCCCAAGAAAAAGAGACCACCUAUGAUGCCACGAGGAGGUCCCAAAUUUGCAGGAAAGCAGCAUAACCAAGGUUUUGGAAUGAUGUACAAUGAGGUACCCCCUCCUCAAGCCAUGAGAGGUCGUGGUAGAGGUGGAAUGAAUCGCGGCAGAGGAAGAGGCCGAGGUGGAUUUGGUGGAGGAAACCACGGUGGCUACAUGAACUCUGGUGGCUAUGGUGGAGGUUAUGGUGGAAACUACAACUAUCAAACUUCUGCGACGGCAGGAUACAGUCAGUUCUAUAGCAACGGAGGAGCUUCAGGCAACGCAGGAGGAGGUGGUGCAGGAACUGGUGGCUACAGCUCUUACUAUCAGGGAGAUGGUUAUAAUGCGCCAACUCCACCAAAACCUUUUGUAAACAAGAAGCCACCCCCUCCUCAACAGCAGCAACAACAGCAACAACAACCACCUUCACAGCAUGCCAGCAACCCUCCCAAACCAGCCUAUAACCAAGGCUACCAGGGCCAUCAAGGGCAGCAACAACAACAGCAGCAACAACAGCAGCAGCAGACUUACAAUCAGAACCAGUACAGCAACUAUGGGCCACCUCAGAAACAAAAGGGUGGUUACAACCAGGGGGCACAGGGAGGUGGAAGCGGAGGAUCUUACAACUACUCCAACUCUUACACAGGAGGUGCAAGCUCGGGGUACGGCAGUGGAGAGGGUGCAGGAGGGCGAGGCGGCAGCUCUUACACAGCGCCUAGCUCUGGUUACAACGCAGGGGCGCACACCGGCUAUGGUGGAGCCAGCAGUACCUCAUCGUACCAAGGUUACACGCAGUCGAACUACAAUCAAGGUCCCCCCGGACAGAACUACAGUGGCCCCCCAAAUAAUUACCAAGCGCCUCAGGGAGGAGCAGGUGGUUACGGCAGGAAUACAGACCACAACAUGAGCUACCAGUACAGAUAAACUCUCUAGCCCCCCCAGUCUCCCUGCGAGGGGAGCCCCAAGCUUUUGUUACUUACCACUUCUCGUUUUAAGACAUCGUUAAGGGGAUGUUCUGCUCUUCCCCCUCCUCCUUGUUGCAGUGCUUUUAUGUAACGGCCUCACUCUGCUCCCUUCUAAACGGUCUCUUCCACUUUCUCCUCAAAUCUGUCCCUCCGCCAUAUUGUCGGAACUCUCCACCGCGCCCGGAAGCAGCCUUGUCUGUAGUGUGUAAGUUUGGUUUCCUUCCGCCCUUGUCCUGUACUUGUUCAACUUGGAACCAUAGUGACGUGUGGAAGUCAAGGAAGGUUUAAACAUGGCUGCCAGAACCUUUCUGCUCUUAGGAUUUGUACACUCUAAGCCAAAUCCUAACCCCAAACACAAGCGGAUAAGGUUUUGCACUAACCCCCCGACUGGUUUAACGGCUCUGUGGCGCCAUUUUCACUGUCCCGCGCUUGCAUUUGGCACUUUCACUGCUGCGCGCAGAGGCUGGGAGAGAGGGUAUUUAGCCUGUUCUCUAGGUAAGGGAAGUUUUAAUCCUGAGCAGAACAUUCAUCCAUUUUCACCUCCAUUUCCCUAUCGUUAAAAUAAUUCUGUGAAGUGACUUAACAAGCUUUAUGUAUUUUAACGCGUUAGUGUUUUGAAAUGUUUUUUGUUUUUUUCCCUCAUUUUUGUUCUUUCCCCGUUUUAUAAGUGAAGAAUUUAUUUUAAGAAUACAGUGGGAUGCGUUCUUUUUUUGUAUGUCUCGUAUCAUUCAGGCAGUAUCUGGAGUGAACCGAAACAUAGGUGAAUAAAAUGUAAAAAAAGGA